AUGGAUGAUAUUCAGCAUCCGCUUGUCAUGUCUUCUACACCACCUUUACGUGGUCCUGUCGAUUCACCAGCUCCUGUCGCUGCAGACGAAAUGGCUACCAAUUUAACCGCUCACCGAGAUAGCAUGUCGGAGGCAACCAAUAAAUUUGAACAGCAACCGUCCGCUUCUGCCGCCUUCCGUGGACGAUCCAAAUCGGUUGCCUUGGGUACUUAUGCUUGGACUUCAAAGCCUCCUCGCCCACCUGUCGACUACUUUUCUUGCUCUACUGCUUCAGGUGUUCCUUAUAAGGCGAGAUCUUGGGAACCCACCUUAGAAAGAGCCAUCAAGGCAAUCGUCUCGAUCAAGGCAAGUCAUGUCCGAAGUUUCGACACAGAAACUUCAGGUGGCUAUACCGCUACGGGCUUUAUCGUCGAUGCUGCGAGAGGUAUCAUCCUCACUAAUCGUCAUGUAGUAUCACCAGCUCCUAUCGUUGCUCAAGCUGUCUUGACAAACUAUGAAGAAGUCGAUCUUCAGCCAGUCUACCGAGAUCCAGUUCAUGAUUUUGGAUUCAUGAAGUUUGACCCCUCACGUGUCAAAUUUAUGGAGCUGGAGGAGAUCAAGCUUAGUCCAGAGCGAGCCAAGGUAGGAUUGGAUAUUCGAGUGGUUGGUAAUGAUGCAGGUGAAAAGCUGAGUAUUUUGGCGGGCACAUUAGCAAGAUUGGACAGAAGAGCACCUGAGUACGGCAUUGGAGAGUACAACGACUUCAACACGUUCUAUCUUCAAGCUGCUUCCGGAACCAGUGGUGGAUCGUCAGGUAGUCCUGUAUUGGAUAUUGAUGGUCAUGCCGUCGCUCUUAACGCAGGUGGAGCCAGUAAAGCAUCUUCUUCCUAUUACCUUCCACUCGACCGGGUUGUGCGUGCAUUAGGAUACAUCCAACAAGGACUUCAGGUGCCACGAGGUACUCUUCAAACCGAGUUUGAAUAUUUGCCCUAUAAUGAAGUCCGUCGCUUGGGUCUCAAGGCAAGUGUCGAAGAAAAGUUUAGACGCAAGUUCCCUGAAGAAACAGGUAUGCUCGUCGUUCGUUCGCUUUUGCCAAAGGGGCCUGCUGAUGGUAUCUUGGUCCCUGGUGAUAUCAUCGUUGGAUGUAAUGGUAAAAUGGUACCUCACUUUAUUGGACUGUUCUCGAUUCUUGAUGAGAAAGUCAACCAGGAGGUCACCCUGACGAUUAGCCGAGGCAAGAAGGUUCAGGAUGUAAAAGUAACCGUGCAGGAUUUGCAUUCGAUUACACCUAACCGGUUUGUCGAGAUCGGCGGCGGCGUUGUACACGAACUAUCCUACCAGCUCGCCAAGUCAUACUCCCAGCCUGUGGGUGGUGUUUAUGUCGCUACAUCUGGCCAUAUGCUUGCAAGUGCAAGUGCAUGGCGUAAGAGUAUUAUUGUAAGCGUCAAUAAUGUGCCAACCCCUAAUCUGGACGCAUUUAUUGACGUGAUGAAGGCUUUGCCCGAUGGUGCCCGUGUUCCAAUCAGAUUUUAUGCGCUUCAUAAAGCGUACAAGGAUAAGGUCAUGAUUAUGCACGUUGACAGACACUGGCACAAGUUUAGAAUUGCUGUUCGAAAUGAUCAAACCGGACUUUGGGAAUUUACCGACAUGCCUCCACCACCCAAGACCAUCCCUUACUCUCCCUCAACUGCAAGCUUCCCUCCAUUGGAUCCCUCGCUUGCUCUUGCUGAGAAACUGAUGCCCUCAUUUGUGGCCAUUGACUUUUACUUGCCGUAUCUGGUAGAUGGUAUGAAAGUAACACAAUUUUACGGUACAGGUUUUGUCUUGUCUGUCAAUCCACCUUUGAUCAUGUGUGAUCGCGAUACGGUCCCCAUUGGCUUGGGCGAUAUCUUCAUUACCUUUGCCAAUUCGAUUAUUAUCCCAGGCCAACUUUUGUUUCUGCAUCCAUUUUACAAUUAUGUCAUCUUGACGUAUGACCCUAGGUUAGUUGGCGAUACUGUUGUGAAGCCUAUCGAGUUUAGCAACGUUGAAUUAAACCAGGGAGACGAAACAAACUUUAUUGGCAUCGGCAAUGAUCAUUCAAUCAUUCUCAAGAAGGCUACAGUCUCAUCUGUGUCUAAUAUCGGCACGCGAGAAUGUUCUCCUCCUCGAUGGCGAGCGAUGAAUGUGGAAGGUGUCAAGAUUGACGACUCAUUGAACUCCCAAGGCGGUCUGCUGACUGAUGAUCAGGGUAAAGUACAAGCCUUUUGGAUCAGCUACUCGUCUCAGAACGAAAAGGGUAAAGACAUCUCGUUUAUGUCGGGUCUACAUUCAUCCAUUGUCAAGUGUACACUCGACCAAUACUUGGAACAUGGCAGCAAAAUGGUCUUUAAGGGCUUAGAUGUUGAACUCUGGACGAUGCGUAUAGCAGCUGCUCGUACGCUAGGCCUAAAUGACAAGUGGGUGAAAGAGAUUGAGAGAAGUGGAUCAACGCGACACACUCUGCUUUAUGUCUUGAACGUCUUGGAUGAAACAAGCGACUGCGCCAAAGCGCUUCAUGUGGGCGAUGUGAUCCUAAGUGUCAACGGUAAGUUGGUGACACGUAUGUCGCACAUGACACUUGUGCAUGAACAUGACAGUGUCGAGAUGGUUGUCUUACGUAACGGCCAAGAGUUGACGGUCAAUGUACCGAUGAGUGAACUCAGUGGAUUUGAAACAACACGUGUGAUUGGUUGGCAAGGCGCUCUUAUUCAAAAGCCUUACAAGUCUGUACUCGAGCAGGUUCGCAAUGUGCCUACAGGCGUGUACGUUUCUUGUACACUGUACGGUUCACCUGCCUCUAACGUGCUUCGUCCUGGUGUUUGGAUCACUGAAGUUCAGAAUAAGCCCGUGAAGGACCUGGAUCAGUUCCUGGAAGUAGUACAUACCUUUGAAAAGGAGCUGUUGAGUCGUCGUCGAUCAAGCUACAUUUCAAUGUCUAAGCAGAAAAAGGUUGUAGAUGACGAUUUGGAUGCUUUAAAUGCAGAGGAUACAGACGAGGAAGAUGAUGAUAACGAUGAAGGUUAUAUUCGUAUCAAGACCGUGAGCAGAAAUGAAACUGUACGUGUGGUUGCUCUUAAACUAGAUUUACAUUAUUGGGAUUCUUGGCAGCUAGUACGGGACGAAAAGGCAAUCUGUGGAUGGGCUUCUGAUGACGCUUAA